AUGACAUUGUUGAAUUUGUUAUGUUUGCCACCUGUGAUGCUGAAGCCAGUGUAUGAGCGGUUGGGUAUAGCGGCGACAUACUAUGCAUACAGUGGUGUUCAAAUAGUGGAUGCGACGUGUGGGGGUGCGUUGAAUAAGGCGAUCGAUCGAUAUGCGGGUGCUUCAUUAGCGAUGAUAAUGAUAUCUCCGGUUUUGGUUGGCUUCUCUAUCAGUCAUCAUACAGGUCAGGUAAAGACGAACUUUUGGGUCCGUUGGAGUCUUGUCUUGUUCGCCACUCUUAUGUGCAGCAUCUGGGGCUAUGUGAUGUUCUUAUUUCCACAGCGCCGUGCCAUCGGUACCACGGGAAUGAGCAGUCUUGCUUUCUUCACCAUGAUUACCAACAAUCCUACAAGCAGCACACUUAAGGACCCUUAUGCCCUCAGCGUACUCAAACUCAUAGCUGGCCGUUUCGCUGGCUACUUGGUGGGUACUGUGGUGACUCAAACGAUCAUGCGCCAGAAAGCACAAGACGCGCUCUUUCGCAAUCUUGAACAGGCAACGCGCACCAUCGGAAAUAUCCUUGUUCCGCUAAUUGCACUCGAUACCGGCGUCGUUGAGGAUGAGAAGGUUCUAAACACACUCGUGUCCAAAGAAAUGGCGCUCUCCUCACGCAUGGAAUUCGACCAAUUUGUACAUAUCAAGGACGCCAUCUGGAAACAAGUCGAAAAUGCCUACCGUCUCUUACAACCCAACGCCUUGCUGUUAAGUGCCGCUCGAGUGGAACGAGGCUUCCCAAAUGACAAGUUCAGACACAUGGUCGACUCCCUCAAAGGACUCUUCUUCCACGCCACUUCGCUCUACCUCAUACUCGAAACACACGAAGCCGUACUUAAUGACGGGUUCGCUAACUUCAUCGGCAGCGACCAUCUCGCCUGGGGCAACACCCUAAGAGUUGGCAACGAACUUGUUACCAUCAACCGCAACAAAAACCCGAAUAUACGCAAGUACUUCACCGAACCGAGUCUCUCGAAGAAAACCGCGCAUCUCCCAUUCCUUCCUGCGACACCACAACGACCUAAUCGGGAACGGUCCGCUACUCAACCAUCGGGGAGGCAGCUGCAGGUUCCAACCGAUACCAGAGCGAAGACACCUGCCCGGGUACCCGUCUCUGAUAACAGCUCGCUUUCUGUCGGCAAACCGCGAAUCAAUCUCUACAGAGACAGACCGUCCAUAAACGUCUCAAUAGACGCCCCAGCGGACGGGCACGUCUCAGCGGACGGGCACGCCUCAGCGGACGCCCCGGCCUAUGGUGGUUCAGCCUAUGGUUCAGCGGCGGCAGCGGGGUCGUCGGAGGCGCAAGGAGGGGUGCAAUGGGGGGUUGCCAGCGAGCAAGUGCGGCGGGUGAGCAAUCCAUACGCCACCCCAGAGCGGCGGAUGGGUGCUUUGGACAAUGAGUCGCUGGAGGAGUUACCGUCGCAGGUGCGUUCGGUGUAUGACUUGUCGGUGUUAGAAGUGGUGGACUUGAUUUCGAAGCAAACGAGUGUGGCGGAAGAGAACACGGCGGUGGUCCAGCCGAUGGUGCGUUGGACGGAAGACUUUGGUCCGUGCAUUGGUCGUAUAAGUAAGAAUGUAGCGUGGGCGAUUGGUUGUCUAGGUGAUAGCAUUCAGAGUCGCAUGGUCGAGCGUGAUUUGUUCCGUGCCUUCGGUGAGGUCGAAAAGAGUCUACGUGAACUAUGUGUGAAGCGUCAUGAGUGGCAGCGUUGCGUUGAGGACAUGCUUAAAAUCAAUCUGGCGGAGUUUUGUCAAAAAGGCAGCAUCCUACAAGACGAUCCCGUCUUCCUAAAAGAAGUAGUCGAAAAUAUUCUAGGCAUCAGCAUUGCCCAAUACAAGGAAAUGGACGUUGAAAAUCGCGGCCUACUCUGGAGCAACCUAGGCUAUGUACGAGAUAAAAUGGCCCGCUUCACAUGCAUCAUCGUAGCUCUGGGCUCACAAUUGUCAACAUGCAUCAAGCACCUUCUCAUCCUAUUUCCCGACCUCGCCCAUGAAGAUGACAACCAUGAAGACAAUCACGCACACCACGUACUUAGCAAACUAGAAAAACACUUCAGCACCACCAGCCUCUUCAGCAACCUACCUGACGAUCACACACCGCCCCAACCCGACGAUCACACACCGCCCCAACCUGACGAUCACACACCGCCCCAACCUGGAGCUCAACUAGACAAAGGGCUACAAGUCACAAGCUACCCGCCGCAACAGGCAGCAGAGUGGCUACAAGUGGCAGCAGCAGAGGUGGCCGUCGAGACGGAAAAGUCGGCCAUCGUGGAGGACCAGAGAAAAAGCGGGGAGGAUCAGAGAAAAAGCGGGCAGGACCCGAGAAGCGGGCCGGACCACGAAAGCGACCAGGAGAGCCAGAGAAGCGACCAGGAGAGCCAGAAAGACACAGAGCUCCAAGGGAGCGGAGAAGAUCAUGGAGGGGGAGAAGAUCAUGGAGGCGGAGAAGAUCAUGGAGGGGGAGAAGACCAAGACCGGACAGACCAGAUGUUGUCUUCGGCCAUUUUGUCGGUACCUCCACCCAGCCAAGAGUCUCAGUUGGUUUAG